AGUUGUACUUCACUGAGCGUAGCCUAAGUAGCCACUCACACCACAGGGAACCAAUACCAGUCUGAGCUGAUACCACUUCGGGCGCUGCUUCAUGUCAAGAGCAGGACCAGGCAGUAGAGGGCCGCGUGGGCGGGGCGGUAGCAGCACCAUUGGCUCUACCAUCCGCGGCCCCCCUUCCAUGACGGCCAGCCCAGCCACUGCCGCUGCUUCCUCCUCCUCCUCACGUCCUGGUAGCUCUAGCUCGACUUCUCUCGGUCGCCCCGGCGGCAGUGGUGCGACCAACACUGCCGGCUCUUCCUCUUCCAGCACUCUGGCCUCCACUGGCAUCAUCGGCCACAAGGACAGGUCAGGCCGCAUCGUCUCCUACACCUCCCCAGACGACAAGUGUCCCUCGUGCAAGACGGACCGUUUCCUCAACCCCCGUCUGAAGCUCCUCGUCUCUCCCUGCUACCAUAAGCUCUGCACCUCUUGCAUAGAUCGGAUAUGGUCCCUUGGCCCUGCUCCUUGCCCCACGUGUGGAACAGUCUGUAGGAAGAAUCAGUUUGGACCGCAGACCUUUCAGGAUCUAGGAGUGGAGAGAGAGGUAGAUGUGCGAAAGAGGAUACAGAGGAGCUAUAACAAGCAACAGGGAGAUUUCGGCAGUUUGCAGGAGUACAACAAUUACCUAGAGGAGAUUGAGCAGAUCACCUUCAAUCUGAUCAAUCGGGUCGACUACGAUGCUACCCUCGCUAAGCUCACCGCCUACGAGCAAGCCAAUCGCUCCUCCUCCAAUCGCCACGCCGCCCAGUCCGAGUCUGAUUCGCAAGCCCUCGCCGCACUCGAGUCCCAGCUAGCCCAGUUGCGCAAAGCGCGCAUGGAGAAGCGCAAGUUGCACGAAGUAGAAGAUCUAAAGUGGCGCAGAGAGGAAGAGGAGGAAGUGGUGCGGGCGAUUGAGGAAGGAAGAGAGGAAGAGGAGAUUGAGGCUGUACAGGCUCGGUGGAAGGGGAAGCGCGAGGAGAGGGAGCGAGAAAGGGAGGUUGAGGAGGAGGAAGGGUUGCAAAGAGAGGAGGAGGUACGCAGGGGACUCGAAGGUGCCAAGAACGGCACAAGACUGCCGCCGAUAGGAGGAGACUCAAAGAAUGGCUCUCAGACCAACAACGGUGCUCCCGCCUCAUCCUCUGGCUGGUCGGCCCACUCCCUACAGACCUUCACAGGACCUCUAGCCACCCUCUCUACCGGCCUGGAACUCUUCAUUGAUCCAACAACCAAGCAAGAGCUCACACUCCUCGCUCCUGCGCGUUUACAACUCCAGCAAAGCGGCGGCGGCAGCAGCAGCAGCAGUGCAGGCCCGCCUACCUCGAGUACAUCGACGACGAUGACUCCCUAUGAUCCCUGGACACAGCCUGUGCUGGAGAAGAUGUCUGCAGAGGAUGUAGAGGCGCUCAAGGCUGGUGGAUUUGACUGGUGUGAGAAUUGGAGAUGGGAUCUGAGCGUGGCAGUGGGAAGUUUGACUGUGAGACCGCCUGGUAUGAAUCAAGGGGCAGGGGAAAUGUAAGGAUAGACUUGUAAAUGUAUAGCAUGCUCGAAUGGGCAGCGGCUUGACUUGUGAUUUACUUUUGAAAAGUGAAGCAGAAUGUAUCGAUUAGGCAUAAGUCUCCAGGGCCCCACAAGUGAAUAUCGGAUAGUCAUAC